GCACACUCCUUGUCCAUCUGCAACUGACUUUCCCUAGCAUGGGCCAGAGCAGGAUGCUGGAGAUGGGGUGUCCAGCCUCGUCCUGGUCAUCUGUCACCCCUCCAGAAGGAAGAGGGCCAUGCCUGUCCCACUCCACCCAUAUUCCCGUGCUGAGAAGCUGCAGUUCCCUCAGGCUUGGCUGGAGAUGCGUCCCAGCUGUGAGGGUGGGAAUGGGAUCCAGGUGCCCUGGAUUGCCAGCAAUUGCUCCCAUUGCCUGAAGGUGCCCAGAGGAGAAGGAAAUGUGUUGCUUAAGGGGAAGAAAUUGGCUGAGGUUAAGCUGAGCCCUGGGCUCUGUACAAAGAGUCCUGUGUGUGAACAGCAGAGGUUUGGGAUGGAGGUGAGGUGCUGUUGCAUAGGUUGCUACCCCUUUUGACUUGAGAGGCAGCAGGAAGGAUUUUGCUCUCCAGGGAAGGUCCCAGGCAGUGUCUGGAGCUGGUAAAUUCUGUGUCCCCUUCAGGGGUUGUUUACAAGCCAUGGCUCGGUCAACAGUGACAGCCCAGAGACCGCAAAGAGCCUGAAACCAAACACUAAUGGCUUGGGUCUGCUAAUGGACCCAGGGCUCUGCCACCUGCUCUGGAGCCAUCAAUGCUGCCGGAGGUGCUUCCCCUGCUCCUGGCCCAUGCCCUCCCUGCCCUAUCCCUGCUGGUCCCCUGCCUGUGGCUGUUUCUCUGCCCAGGUCGUGCUGUGCCACCACAGUGACGGCCUGGGAACGGAGCAGCUCCAGAGGGGACCAAGCCAACCCUCUAAAUCUGGGGGAAGGGUUCAGUGGGAGCAUCUUGCAAUGAGAUCCUGGGGAAAUUCCAGGCUUGUUGGUUCCCAAACUCAGCUGGAUGAGGCCCCAAGGACCCAUCCUUCAUUUGGAGCUGGCACUUCCCUGAAAAAGGGCUUGGACAGAAGUGCUGACUGUCUGCAACCCCUUGUACUGUCUGCUUGGCACUGUACCCCCUGGGACCUUGCCACAGCCUUGGUGGCACGGGCACAGCCACUGUCUGGCAGCAGCAGUGGAGCAUCCCCAUGAUAGCACUGUGCUCCAGGAUCUUCAAGGUGAUCAAUGCUGGAACUGACGUUGUUUACCAGCUGGAUAAUCAAUGAUGGAUUGUGUCAUCCCACCUCUGCCCUGUGCCAUCAUGGCUAUCCCCAGCCCUGAAGAUCUCCUGGCAGACCCAUGCAGGAGGCUCUCAGACCUCUGCUGAGAUCUCGCUUUGGCCAAGCGCUCAGGAUGGGGCAGGUGGAGAGAAACGCUAUCAAUUUUGCCUCUUGAAGUGCAGCAUCAAUAAUUCAGCGCAGAGCAAUCGGUCCCGGCUGGGAAGAGGGAAGAGGCGGGAGAGCCACCCGCAUAGCCCAGCCACAGAUUAAUAUUAAAUGAAGUGGCAGAUUGCUGUCGGCAGGAUAAUUGGUGCCCGCCCAGGGCUGUUCCUGCCUUGGCUGUUCAGGGUACGUGCUGGGGGGCAGACAGGACUGGGGGUGUCUUGGAGACCCCCAACAUAGGGUGUACUGGCCUCUGCCUUCCCUGGGGGCUGCUGCUGCUGUAGAGCUCGGGAUAUGGAGAGAGAAGCAGGGCUGGGAGGUUGCCAAACCCUUCCGGAAUCUGGGGAGAAACAGGAGGGGGGAGCAGCAUGCCUGGGUGCCACCGGCACCCCAAAAGGUGCCAGGCAGAAGGGUGGUGGCAGUGAGCAGAAUGGACCCCUCCUCAUGGCUGGCUCAGGAUGAAGGCCCCUCUGGAGAGUGGAGAAAGCAAGCAUCCCCAUGGUGCUGGUGAGAGCCAAGUCCUGUGCCAAGCCCUGAUUCCUCCCGCUUUCCAGGAACCUCUUUGGCAGGAGUGCUGUGUCUUGGCUGCAGGAGGCACUGGCCCCUUGGGGUGUGAUGCUUUGGUCCCUGGGCUCAGGGUAUCGUCCAGCCUGGUGGGUUUGACAGAUCCCAGAGGUCAAGGUGAGCUUGCUGCAGGGCAGUAGACCUUGGAGCAUGGAAAUCUAGCCUAGGAUAGCUGCAGGCACUCCAGGUUGUAGUUUGGGGUUCCCUGGGCUGGGCUAAACCAGACAUUCCCCAAUCUGCACUGGAUUUAACCCUUGCCCUUCCAUGGGCUAGCAGGUUUGUCAGCUGGCUGGGCAGGGUUGGCUCUCCCAGCAGCCCUGAGCUCCCCAAGGUCCCCAGUACCUGUAGUGCACCCUGUGCCCCUGCUGCUGCAUGGUGACAUGUCCUGCUCAGCCCAGCCAGACCUAAUUAGCUUGUUGAAUCUCUUCUCCCUCCGGCCUUGUGUUAAUCACUUUUCACAUUGCUUCCUUCCCAAUUCCCUCUGGCCUGAUUUGCUCUUACUGCUGCUGAUAUGCCUGGAGAGGGGAGCAAGGAGAUCCAGCUGGACAUGAAAAGGGCCCCCACUCUGUUCCAAGAUGAGCUCUGAGCCAGCAGACGGAGGGGCUCAGGAGAUCACUCAGCCACAGGGAGGUGAGAGAACCACAGGCUGGAGAAAAAGCAAGAAAUGUAGAGAGCAAAGCAGCCUGUUAGAAUAGACUGCCCUUCUUUAUGGUCCUGCUCUGUUGGUGGAGGGUGAAACCUUCAAGUCCAGUGGGAGAAGCUGUGACUCUCUAGCACAAGGUUAUGCUGGGCUGCAGGGUGCUGUGGGAGCUCAUUGGGAUGUCCUUCACCUCUCCCCUGUGAGGAGCAGCAUUAGACCCCAGAACUGGGCGCAGGUGGGAGUAGAAGUGCCCUGGACUGGGCUCUAGGGAGUAUGGAGUCCAUGGUCCCUGGAGUGCUGUUAUCGGGAUGUCAGAUGUGCCAUGCUUGGCUAGAGCAUCCCCUCCCAGGGAUACAGGAGAAUGUCUCAUUCCCCCAUGGGUGCCUGCCCUGGGGCUUGUUCUACUGUUGGGGCAGGAAGUGGCCACAUCAGAAGCAGCUGUUAGGUGAGAGAUGCAUAGACAACUGAAAGCCACCUUCUAAUAACUACUGCUGCCAGGCUGGAGUCUCUCCUGCUGCCCUCAAAGCAGGAUGCUGGGUGGGCUGUGGGGAGCACCCAUCCUGGCUGUCCCUGACAUGCCGCCCUCCCUCCAGCACCCUGUGGAGCACAUUUGCACCCUGUGGAGCAGGUUUCUCUCCAGCAGCAAGCAACCCACCCCGGGCUGGCAGGCCCAGCUGUGGCUGUGACUGACUUGCUGGUGCAGAGAUGCAGAAGAAAAGGGAGGAGAUUAGGGUUGCAGAUGUCUGUGGAGGUGUUCAGUGGACAAAGCUGAAUUCCAAGGCAGGAAACUUGUGCCAUGCAAGGUGGGACACUGUUGGGGGGAAAGUUUGGUGGUUUGUGAUGGGCAGAGGGGAUUUCCUAGGUGGAGCUGCUCCCCGGGCUGGUGACAGCAGUAUCCCAGUAGCGUGUGAUGAACUCGAGGGUCCCAGCAGACUGCACAGUUCCAGUGCCACCACGUGCUGCUGUUGGGGUGGAAGUCAGUGUGGCUGAGCCUCCUCCACCUCCAUGCACCCACUGGUGCCCAUUGUGCACCCCUUUGCAGGUUCCCGUGCCAGGCUGUGUAGUGCAGGGGUGCCCUGCAGGAGAGCUGACCCCCAAGUCCCUUGGGCAGUUUCGUGGGCUCUCCUUCUCUGCAGCCUGUGUGCCCCGAGGGACCCCGGAGGGUGCCAGGGCAGGAAGAGGGAGGGCCAAGGCAGGUCUCUCCUCCCCUGCCCUCCCCUCCCCUGCAUUGCUGGGUCUGUUGCUGCCGGAGCAGCUGCCGGCUGGGGCUCUGUGUCUGGGGGAUGGCGGUGGCUGAGGCACCCUGGGACCUGCAGGGGCUGCAAACCGUGGGCAUCAUCCUGCUGCUCUGCUCCAGCCUCAAGAUCCUCCAUGCUCUGGGCAUCAUCGACCUGACCAGGGGAGGCAACCCGCCAGUCCAAACUAAAAAAGCGCUGAAGCAGCGAUUCCUCAAACUGCUGCCCUGCUGCCGGCCCAAAUCCAUCCCCUCGCUCAGUGAAAACAGUGUUGAGGAUGAGUUUGAGCUCUCCACCGUCUGCCACCGCCCCGAGGGGCUGGAGCAGCUCCAGGAGCAGACCAAGUUCACCCGCAAAGAGCUGCAGGUCCUGUACCGAGGCUUCAAGAAUGAGUGCCCAAGUGGCAUUGUCAACGAAGAAAACUUCAAGCAGAUCUAUUCACAGUUCUUCCCUCAAGGAGACUCCAGCACCUACGCCACCUUCCUCUUCAACGCCUUUGACACCGACCAUGAUGGCUCCGUCAGCUUUGAGGACUUUGUGUCUGGGCUGUCCACCAUCCUGCGGGGCACCAUUGAUGAUCGCCUGAACUGGGCCUUCAACCUCUAUGACCUGAACAAAGAUGGCUGCAUCACCAAAGAGGAAAUGCUGGACAUCAUGAAGUCCAUCUACGACAUGAUGGGCAAAUACACCUACCCGGCCAUGCGGGAGGAAGCACCCCGGGAGCAUGUGGAGAACUUCUUCCAGAAAAUGGACCGGAAUAAGGAUGGUGUGGUGACAAUCGAGGAGUUCCUGGAGUCCUGCCAGAAGGAUGAGAACAUCAUGCGAUCCAUGCAGCUCUUCGACAGCGUGAUUUAGCUCCCGGACCUGCCUCCAGAUGAGCUCUCCUGAACUGGGCCCAGAACCUUCCUCUCUCUCCUGACUUUUUCUUUGAGACUCCCCUCCUCUGGCUGCACAGACACCUCCAUGGAAAGGGGCCUUCCUUCCCUGAGAUGCAGUCGGUGCCGAGAUCUUCCCUUUCCCCUGGCCCAGCUCUGCUUUCCUCCGGGAAUCCCAAGCAGGUGCUCCCAGAUAUUGGAGCAUGGGCAUGGCUGGCACAGGAUGAGAAUUUCACCUGGAUGGACCUCCCUGCACCCAAUCCCGGUGGAAAGGAUGCAUUCUUGGGCUGCAGUAGAGGUUUUCCCCGUGCACACCACCCUGUGCAGCCACAGCUCGCCUACCCUGAUCCUCCCCAGCCCCGGGAGCCCCCCAGUCCCAGCUCCAGCCCAAAUCCUCCAGCAACACUGUCUAGAAACCAGUGAAGUCUUGCAAUAGGCACAGCCAGUGCCUUGGCUUCUUCCCCUGCCCUGGCAGUGCCCUGCUGUGGGAAGAUGUCUGGUGUGUCCACUGUGAGCCACUGGCCACCCUCCCUGUCCUGGGCAAGUGGGUGGGCAGAGGGGCCGUGCCUGGAGAACGCAGCCCCGGGGGUUCAUUGCUGCAUGAGCUAUGGGGAGCAUCCCCUGAUCCCAGGGAUCCCGGUUACACUAUGAGGCUCUUCUGACAGGGGCAGAGGGGUGGCUAGAGGGACUCUGAGGUGAUUUGUGGCACUUGUCCCCCAGGAUGGACAAUGCAGGGUUGGAAGAGCUGCAACCUCAGCCCCUGUCCCUUAGGUUUGGGGUGCUGACACAGGGGGACCCCAGGGAUCCACUUUGAGGCUCCAGUGGAGAGACACCCUUUCCAACCCUUCCUGAGGACGGGACAGCCAGGGUACGAGGACAUGUGGAAGAAGGAGAUGGGCUGGUCUCUGGUGGCCAUUCUGGCCCCAUAGGGGUCACAGCCAUGCUCCUGGCAUCAUUUGCUGCUGACCUUGCCUUGCUCCUGUGCCCUGGCCCAUCCCAGCCCACCUGCUGCCCUGGGAACAGGGUAAUGAGCAAUGAGGCAGAGAGGUGUCCCCACAGGAUAGCCCUGUGCUGGUGACACGGCUGAGCUGGCAGCUCGUGGAGGAGAAAGUCAAGGCUGGGGUUAGACAGGAGUCACUGCCAUGCUGCUGGCAGGCUGGAGGGUCACCUUGGGGCAGGGGACCCUUCUCCUUUUUCCAGCAUGGCCAUGUGAGAGCCUUCCUGGGGACCCUGGGGAUGGGGACCCUGGGUGUUUUUGUCACCACCAUCUCCUUGGAGAUGGUUGUGUGCUGGCAGGCUUGUCCUGCCCACAUACCACUCCCAAGUCAUAGCUGGGAGAGUGAUGCCCAUGGGCUAAUGAUCCCAUGCCAACUCCAGAAGCCCCUCACAGGCAUUGGGAAUGUACCCAGCCCUGGCAGCCCCGACUGUGGCUCCAUUCUCUGUAUCCCUGGCCAGGGGUGGUUUGGGCUGGCCUGAGCUGUGAUGUCUGGGAUCAGCACCUGUGCUGGGGCAGACGCAGGCUGAGGCCCUGGGGCUGGAGACAUUAGAAUUUAACCCCUGGGGCUCUGAGUCAAAGCUAUGGGGCUGCUUCCCACGGGGACCAUCCCUGUCCCAGCCCUUGCAGAUAAUCACAUGUUUUUUAGGCUCAUUUGACACAUUAUUUAUCUCGCAGACAUGGUGUGUUUUUUAGGUUCAUUCAACACACUGUUCAUCUCACAGACCCGUUCCCAGGUUUGCUGUGGGGCCGAGCUCCCACUUGCAGUCUCCUGAGGGUGGGAGGGCCUUAUCCCUCCAUCUCUUGGCCCUGUUCUCCCUCCUCCCAGUUCUCUGGGGUACCCAUUGUUCGCUGCCAUGUGGAGCACCUGCUGCCUCUCCCCUCACGCUGUAGGUCGCAUGGUGUGACCCCCUGCCCCGGGGCAUGGUGACCCACAACCCGCUUGGCAUCUCCAGUCUGUAUAUUUUGUAUUAUAACAAUUAUAUGAGUUAAAAAAAAAAACAAAACAAAAAACCAACAAAAACCAAUAAAAUCUAACCACAAUCGCUAUGCACACUA